UUAAAUCUCCCCCCCCCCUUUUUUUUUUCUCUUUACUUUAAAAAUAUCAAAAUACAACUUCCACUUUAGGACCAAAUCACAGUAGUGUUAACAAUUUCAGUGAAAAACGGUCGCUGUCCCAUGAGCUCGAGACGCAAAUCUCAGCAGCCAAAGUUGCAACUUGCUCAGUCUUCUCCUUUACUUUCAACACCAUUCCCAUGUUAAUGUCACAUAUAUAUAUAUAUGUACGAAUAUAUGUAUGUAUAUAUAUCUGUGAAGGCACGUGUGUACUUGGUACCCUGCUCUAUUCACAUGGAUCUUUCUUGGUAGAUACUGCAGAGGCAAAAGGGUCAUUGAAUCCAAGCUGUAGCAAGCUGAUCUGGCCGGGGAACCGACUUUCUUCUUCUUUUUCUUCUUCUUCUUCCUCUGUCUUCAAGGUUGCAGAAAAAGUCAGGUAAGAGAAAGGGAUGGGGUUCUGGUCAUUGUUGGAGGUGGCUUCCAUGCCAGUGAUCCAAGUUCUGAUCAUAAGCCUUGGAGGAGCUUUCAUGGCGUCUGACUACUGCAAACUUCUCACUGUUGAAGCCCGAAACUCGAUGAACAAGGUAGUGUUUGUAGCCUUUGCGCCUUGCCUCAUGUUUGCUAAUCUCGCAAAGACGGUCACGCUUGAGGACAUCGUGUCAUGGUGGUUUAUGCCAGUGAACAUGGGGCUUACCUUCCUGAUAGGAGGAAUUCUUGGAUGGAUUGUUGUUAAGCUUCUGAAACCUGUACCUUAUCUCGAAGGUCUGGUCAUCGCUGCUUGUUCUUCAGGAAACAUGGGAAACCUUCCCGUCAUACUUGUCCCGGCAAUCUGCGACGAUGACAAGAGUCCUUUUGGGAACCGGAGCGUUUGCAGAACUGUUGGACUCUCAUAUGCAUCUUUCUCCAUGGCGCUAGGAGGUUUCUACAUAUGGACUUACACAUUCCGGCUGAUAAAAGGUUCGGCUGUAAUGUUCAAAGCCAUCGAAGAAUCUGAGAAAGCAGCACUCAAACCACCCAAUAGUGACUUAGAGUCUGAUCACAAAAGCCACCUCCUUGAUUCACCUGAAGGCAGCAAUGGUUUGAGAAAAGACUUUGUCAAAGAUGAGAAGGGCUUUUGGAGAAAGGGAUUAGAGUUCCUUCAUCAGAUUCUGGAGGAGCUCCUUGCACCGCCCACAGUUGGCGCUAUGAUUGGUUUCGUAUUCGGUGCAGUUGUGAGGCUCAGAAAUCUUAUCAUUGGGGACAAUGCUCCCUUGCGAGUAAUCCAAGAUACAGCAAAAAUACUCGGAGAUGGCACAAUUCCUGGCAUGACAAUUAUACUAGGAGGCAACCUCGUACAAGGAUUACGUUCUUCGGCCAUUAAGCCCCCUGUUAUAGCUGGGAUCAUCUGCGUUCGAUACGUAAUUCUCCCGGCUAUAGGUAUAUGUGUUGUCAAAACAGCUGAGAGUCUCGGGCUUCUCCCAGCAGAUCCUUUGUUUCAGUAUGUUUUGAUGCUUCAGUUUACGCUCCCACCUGCCAUGAAUAUCGGUACCAUGACACAACUCUUCAAUGUGGGACAAGAUGAGUGCUCCGUGCUCUUACUCUGGACAUACUUAGUUGCAGCUCUGGCCCUUACCAUUUGGUCAACAAUCUUCCUCUCCUUGUUGUCCUAGAGAACCUGCAAUUCUCUAAACACAACAAAUUUCUGGUUCUCUGCUAUUCAGAGAGUGAAUAAACAGAUUCCAUUUCUCUCUCCCCAUAUGUUUGGCGACAUUAAGCACAUGUAGUGCCAAACCCUCUACCAUUUUGGUCUAUCAAUAGUCAUGGAUAAGAGUAAAAUGAUGGAAAUUUCUCGUUGCAAAUAAUAGAAGAAAAAAGCAUAUGUA